AAAAAUGUAAUUAAAUCCUAAUAUAUACUACAAACUGGUACUGUGAAGAGCGAAGAAAGGAAGAAAAAAUGGCAGAAGCAAACAGCAGAGAGUCCCAAAGAAGAAGAAGAAGAAUCCUCCAACAAGGAUCCGACCGUUUAGCCUUCAUCAAGGGUCAAAUCCAAACCCUCCCUUCUCCCGAUAAUUUGCCUCACGCAGAAGAAGAAGAAGAAAACUCGAAUUCCAUUUUGCAGAAUCACGUUGCUUCUGAUAGAAGCAUAACCCAAACACCAACUGAAAUUGAACCUAGUUCUGAAAUUCAACGCGGUGAGAGUGAGAUUUCAACAAUCCCAAGUUCUGAAAUUGAACCUGAAAAUGUACAUGUACAACCACAAUCACUAUCACCAACACUUCCAUAUUCAUCUAAUGAAAUUUCCCGGCAACAACCGCAUGCCGAGGAGCCUAGAAGUUUCAAUUUCAUAAUCCCGAGUGAUGUGAGUAAUGCAAUUGAUGCUUCGAGGGUUACACGUCUUUGUUGUUCGAUUAUAGUGGCUCUAUUGGUUGUUGCAUCUUAUCUAGGAUUCUCUUUGAUUAAUACUGUGAUAAGCUUUAGACCACUUUACUUGGUUCUGCUAACAAAUUCAACUUUUGUUGUUGCGAAAAUUAUUACUGGAAAACAACGAGGAUCUGAUGAGAGGUCGAGGAGAAGACAGAGCAGCGCCGAUUCUUCUGAUCAAUGGAAUCAACUUGCUAAAACAUUGGAAAUUGGCAUGGUGGUAAAGACUGUGGUUGAUGCUGUUUUCAUCGAUUGUGCUGUCUAUGCUAUUGUACUGAUAUGCAGCCUUUCGCUUGUGCAUACAUGACAAAAGGGUUUCUUUUACUUGGUUUGAAUUUUGAACCCUUUUACUUUUGUUCAUUCACUUUGAUGUUUAUGUGAAUUCACCAACUAGGAUUCGUAAGUCAUAACUAUUAGUUCAUUGAUUUUCUU